AUGAAAUUCUCUACCUCCAAGCAGCAGUCAUUAAGAAACCUGUUACCCCCACCUGAUAGUAGGAAAAUCAAGGAAACCAAGAUCAUCUGGCAUCAUCCAAUCUAUUCGGAGAAGGACAUGCGAGACAUUUGCGUUGCUCACCGCGACGCCCGUUGCAUGUCUGACAAAGUCGCCCUCAGCCUUGUGCAAUUACUCCGAUGGGGUACUGACUUUGCUACUGGGUAUCGGAACCCCAAAAAAGACGAAAAAGUUGCUAAAAGGUUCGUUAUGGAUGAAAGAAAAUGGUUGAUUCGGUUCAUCUUUUUGGAGUCGGUAGCAGGGGUUCCUGGGAUGGCUGGGGGGAUGUUGCGACACCUGAAGAGCAUUCGGCAGAUGAAAAGAGAUCAUGGAUGGAUCGAAUCUCUGAUUGAAGAAGCCUACAAUGAACGUAUGCAUUUGCUGACCUUCAUGAAACUUGCGGAGCCGGGCCCUUUCAUGCGCCUAAUGGUUCUUGGGGCUCAGGGUGUCUUCUUCAAUAUGUUCUUCUUGUCCUACCUCAUCUCGCCCCGAACCUGCCAUCGAUUUGUGGGAUACCUAGAGGAAGAAGCCGUGGUCACGUAUACACAUGCUAUUCACGAUAUUGAAGCUGGGAAAUUGCCACUUUGGACCAACCUCGCGGCCCCUGACAUCGCGGUCAAAUACUGGGAAAUGCCAGAAGGCAAGCGUCGGAUGGUCGACCUUUUGCUUUAUAUUAGGGCAGAUGAGGCUAAACAUCGCGAGGUCAACCACACGUUGGGAAACUUGGAUCAAAGGAAAGAUCCGAACCCUUAUACUGCCGAGUACCAUGACCCGAGUGAGCCACAUCCAAUUGAUGGGCCUGAUUCAAAACGGGCAUGUGGUUGGGAGCGGAAGGAUGUGAUUUGA